GCCAGGAGCAGGAAGAGCAUCCCGCCCACGAUGAGGAUGGCCCCCGCGCAGCCCAGGCAGGACACGGACCACAGGAACUCGUGAUGGACGGGGACAGACUGGUCGCUGGCCAGGAGAGCCCAGACCGCCUGUUGGAAGACCAGCAGGGCCAGGAGGACCAGGACACCUGAGGACAGGAAGACAAGGUGUUUGUCCUGACUGCUUUUCGUGAGCGUGUAGACGCUUUGGGCCGGUACCUGACAGGAAGAAGCAAACAGACGCCGGCUUGAGGAAGAAGACGAUCUCCUUGCUGAGCGCCAUGCUGAUGCAGAUGGCACCCAUCACCAUCAGCACCAAGCUGAAGAGGGACAACAUGGCCGCGGCCACAUUCAGGUAAUGCUGCUUGCUCCUGUGAUGUUUUGAGGCCAAACUUAAAGGGAUUAAUCUUGGCCGCCGAACAUAGGACGUCCUCUGAGCCAAGUCUGAUCACCAGGCCGAAAGUGGCCCAGCUACUUGUUACGAAUGGAAGAAUGUCUCGUGUGAACCACCGAGCACCAAAGGAGCCCAGCGUGGUGGAAUGAGGUCAUUCCAGGAGGUCACCGGUGUCGUUUUUGUGCACUUCUGGAAUACUUGAGAUUGUGCUUUUAUGUUUUCUGGGGGGAGGAAUUAUCAGCAACUUCACUGUUGACAUGAUGAUGAACCUUGACGUCUUCCAGUCCAGCGCAGAUGUCCCCGACUCAUGGUGUGGUUCACAGCGAAGCUGAAGCCUUGGAGGACUUGCAGGUCAGUUGUCGAGGAGUAAUUCAGACUCAAAUCAAAGAUGGCGAGAGAUGUCGGUCUUCUGAGUCUUGACACUGCAAGGCAACUGAGUGGCACCACCUUGGUGUCCUACCUUGCCUUACGCUCUCUGCUUGUCAGCUAUUUCCUGUCCUGCUCGGCGGUGUCAGCGAGCUUGCUCGGCGCUGAGCACGACUACGGCAUUAGCCCCAAAUUUGUUUGCAUUCCUAUCCCCCCCGAAGCGGACCCCAGCUGCUAUUCCCCACCCAGCGUGCCCCACGGACUCAACGGCCACACCAACGGCCACACCAACGGCCACACCAACGGCCACACCAACGGCCACACCAACGGCCACAAUGGCAGCAACCGCAGAGUGGUGAUAUCUGACGAGGCCAAAGCCACCAUCCUGCACCUGCGGGAGAGCCUGGUGAGGCAGAAGGAGACCAUCCUGGACCAGCGGGAGACCAUCAGGGAGCUCACCGCCAAGCUCACCUUGUGUGAGGGCUUUGGUGGUCACCAUGGCAACGGCCAUCACGACAGCCAUCAUGAUGACCACCAUGAUGACCACCACGAUGAGCACCUUGGCCACCAUGGCGGCCAACACACGCCGUCGCAUCACGGAUCGUACCACAGCACCGAUCACCACUUCUCCCACGGCAGCCACAGGCCGGACCUCCAUCACAGGGAGGGGUCAUCAUACGGCAAACACACAUCCUUCUCACCGGAGCAGACCGGCAAGACGCUGCAGACACUGAAGGAGCGACUGGAGAACCUGCAGCAGGCGAGGAACUCCUCCAGCUCCUACUCCAGCUCCCUGAGAGAACUUCUCCAACGGAAGAUCAACGCUCUGGAGGAGCAGCUGCACAGCUACUACAGGGACCACCAUGACGGUCAUCACGACGACCACCAUGACGACCACCGAGAUGGUGACCACCAUGCCGAUCACCACAACAACGGUCAUCACGAGGACCACCACGAAAGCCACCGCGGCAAUCACCACGGGGCGCGUCACUACAACCACCAUGCCGACCACAGAACUCGCCAUCGUGAUCAUCACCCUGACUCCCACGACUUGCACAACGGCCGGCGUUACGGUCGCUACGGCAGCCACCACGACGACCUCCAUGGCCACCGUGACGAUCACCACGGCGACCGUCACGAAGACCACCACGGUGGCGACCACCAUGAAGACCAUCAUGAAGAUCACCACGGUGGCGACCGCCAUGACGACCACCAUGAGGGUCACCCGGGUGUCGAUCACCACGACGACCAUCACGAAGAUCACCACGGCGGCGCUCACCGUGACGACCAUCACGCCGGCGAUCACCUACCUCGACGACUUCCUUUCAGCAGCAAAGAGACGAGCCCUCGGAGCAGCGGACACGGCAAACUGGAGACCGUCCUCAGCCAGCUUCACCACGGCCACUCGGACUACGGAAGCCACAAGAAGCUGAAGAGUUCCAGCGCGUUCCUGCUGGACUUCCCCAUGAGGACCAACUACAUGUACGCCAGGAUGAAGCGCUCCCUGGUCACAGAGAUCUUCGCCCUCACGGUCUGCCUGCGCCUCAAAGGGGGCGCCGGUCCCGGUGUGGGCACGCCCUUCUCCUACGCGGUGCCGGGCCAGGCCAACGAACUGGUGCUCAUGGAGUGGGGCUCCAACCCAAUGGAGCUGCUCAUCAACGACAAGGCGGUCACGUUGCCAGUGACCAUGACUGACAGGAAAUGGCAUCACCUGUGUGUGACGUGGUCGACGCGUGACGGCGUCUGGGAGGUCUACCAGGACGGUGCGAGGAAGGGCUCGGGUCAGAACCUUUCCGCCUGGCACGCCAUCAAACCAGGAGGGAUGUUUCUUUUGGGACAGGAGCAGGACACCAUGGGGGGACGCUUUGAUGUCACACAGUCCUUCAUGGGAGAAAUGUCCGACCUACAGUUCUGGUCCAGAGUCCUGACCCCUGCUGAGAUCUACAGUCAAGCCACAUGUGGGGGUCACCUGGUGGGGGACAUUGUGGCCUGGGAGCAGGAAUCAGUGGAGCUCCAUGGCGGCCUCGCCGAGUUCCCCUUUGACCCCUGCCACUGAACACGGACCCUGGCCCCUUUUAUGUCCUUUUCGCCAUUCCGCUCCAAUCUGUCUGCCUUCUCCAAGCACGUCUUUACUUUGUCCUCUCAAUGAUUGGAUGGACGCUAGCGCCUUUAGCAAUGUUAGCACAGGAGGAGGCAGGUGACACGGGACGCCUCACGGGGCCAUUUGCACGAUGAGAUUGAAGCAACAAUCCGUGUGGAACACUUUUGGAAAGAUAUCGACAGGACUCGUCCGUGGACGGCAGGUUUUCAGCAGGGUGAGCUGACGUGCGCUUGCAUAACUCUCACAGCAUGCUAACCUUACCUCAACGUGUCACCGCGCUAAUGGCUGACAUCUCCUCAGCAACCGGUGGCUUACGACGGGAUUUGCUGGCGCACCCUUGAUCCCGCCUAAUUCUCAGCUCACACACACACACACACACACCUUUACUGAAGGUGCAGCCCAGGUGAAGGAUUAUUGGUGGAUCUGCUAACUGUUUUUAGCUGCACUUUAAAGUUUUUAUAAGGUUUUGUAUGAGUACCAAAAUCAUGUUGAUAAACAUUAAGAUAUUUCUUAUGGGGUUUUUUUUUGUUUGCACUUGUCGACAAGUGUGUAUAAGGAAAAAGACACUGUCGCCAUGGUGAUGUCUCUGCAUCAGGACCACAGCUGUAAAUAUCUGCACCACAUUUUGACUGUAAUGCCAAGUUAAGCUUGUCUCCUUCUAAUAGAGGGCCAAAUGCCAGAUGCAUUUUCUUUGUGUGUGACGAUAUUUAAUCAUGUUGUUGUAUUUCUCCGCAGAACUUGUACGUAAAGACUCGCUCCUCCUCGCCUUUGGUGCACAUUCUAACGUUUGCUAGCUGGUGUCUUUGGCUGUAAAUGUGUAUAAUGUAAAUAUGAGCAUGACAGUCACGUGAAAGCCAAAAUUAUAAACCUGUAAAUGUAAAACUUGAACAAAGAUGCUGUCAAAUAUGUGUCAGAAUGUUGAAUAAAGUUUGUAUUUUAAGCAGUCGCACUUGAAAAGGCAGAGAUAACGU